UAGCUGCGAGCGAGCUUUGGAAGGCGGGCGAUUGGUCGAAAAGAGACCAGAAAGGACGCAAGUGUUGCAGAAGACGAUGGGUACAGGCACAAUAGACUGAUGCGAUGUCUGCGACAAGGUGCCGAGUUGACUGUCUUGUUCCUCUUGACUCGGAGGAUAGAGAGGCUCGUGUGGCUUGUCACGUUGCUCAUAAUUGUCGACAGGCAGUUUUCGGAUUAUUGUCGCCUUUAGGCGUGACGGGCGCACUUCCGGAGGAAAAUGCAGGCAGGAAAAUCGGUGGCUUGGCGAAGGGGUGCGCACGUACGCGAUCGAUGGACGAUGACGACUGCAAGAUACUCUUCCGCGAGGGUACGGCGAAACACGGAGAGGACGCGGAUCUUGCGGCUGUCAGGCUGUGGCAAACUCCACUACACCACGUUGCUGUUACUGCGUUCCGUUAAGCUGCUGCUGCUUGAUCAUCACAGCGUAACGCAGCGAUUUUUGGACAACACCGAUCAGUCUGGUCUCCGAUUUGGUGCUUGAAGCGCAGCGACAUACAUGCGUGUACAUCUCCUGCUGCUACCAGCUGUUUUACAAGUUGAAGCCCGACCCGAUAAGCAAGCACAUCGCGAGUCAAGUAAGUACACUAUUGCUAUUAAUACCACUCGAUCCGAC